AAAAAAAAAAAAAUUUUUUUAUUUCCCAUUUCUCCAUCAAUUUGAAAGAAGAACAAAGAUGCAAGCACCAGUUCUUGUUAUGAAUACUAAUAUGGAGCGUGAGUCUGGGCGUAAAGCUCAACUCUCAAAUAUUACUGCUGCUAAGACUGUAGCUGAUGUAAUUCGCACUUGUCUUGGUCCUAGAUCUAUGCUCAAGAUGUUACUUGAUCCAAUGGGUGGCAUUUUGUUGACCAAUGAUGGUAAUGCCAUCUUGCGUGAAAUUGAAGUUGAUCAUCCCGCUGCUAAAAGCAUGAUUGAGUUAUCCAGAACACAAGAUGAAGAAGUUGGUGAUGGAACCACCAGUGUUAUUAUUCUUGCUGGUGAAGUACUUGCCGGUGCCUUGCCUCAUAUUCAGAAUAACAUUCACCCUAUUGUUAUUAUUAGUGCUUUUAAAAAGGCACUUGAAGAUGCUUUACAGAUUGUAGAAGAAAUUUCUAAUCCUGUUGAUGUUGACAAUACAGAUGAAAUGAUGGCACUUAUCAAGUCUUCUAUUGGCACAAAAUUUGUUAGUACUUGGAGUGAUUUAAUGUGUAAACUUGCUUUAGAUGCUGUUCGUUGUGUUGCUAUUAAGGAAGAAGGUACUGGUAAAACUGAAGUUGAUAUUAAGAGAUAUGCUCGUGUUGAAAAGAUCCCAGGGGGUGAAAUUGAAGAAUCACAAGUUUUGGAUGGUAUUAUUUUAAAUAAGGAUGUAACUCAUCCCAAGAUGCGUCGUCGUAUUGAAAAUCCUAGAAUUAUUUUAUUGGAUUGCCCACUCGAAUAUAAGAAGGGUGAAUCACAAACGAAUAUUGAAAUCUCAAAGGAGGCUGAUUGGAAUCGUAUUCUUCAAAUUGAAGAAGAACAAGUAAAGGCUAUGUGUGAUAAGAUUAUUGCUUUGAAGCCUGAUUUGGUCUUUACUGAAAAGGGUGUUUCUGACCUUGCACAACAUUAUUUUGUAAAGGCAAAUAUUACAGCUAUUCGUCGUGUUCGUAAAACAGAUAAUAAUCGUAUUGCUCGUGCAGUUGGAGCCACGAUUGUGAAUCGUGUUGAUGAUCUUCGUGAAUCUGAUGUAGGUACCAAGUGUGGUCUUUUCCAUAUUGAUAAAAUUGGAGAUGAAUACUUUACCUUUUUGACAAAAUGUGAAGACCCUAAAGCUUGUUCUAUUAUUUUGCGUGGCCCCAGUAAAGAUAUCAUUAAUGAAGUUGAACGUAAUCUUCAAGAUGCUAUGUGUGUUGCUCGUAAUGUCUUCUUUAGUGCUAAAUUAGCUCCUGGUGGUGGAGCUACAGAAAUGGCUGUCUCUGUUAAGCUUGAAGAAAAGGCUAAAUUAAUUGAAGGUGUUGAGCAAUGGCCUUAUAAAUCUGUUGCUGAAGCAAUGGAAGUGAUUCCUCGUACUCUUGUUCAAAACUGUGGUGGUAAUGCUAUCAAGACUUUAACACAAUUAAGAGCUAAACAUGCUGCAGGUGAACAUUCAUUUGGUAUUGAUGGAGAAGCUGGUAAAGUAGUGGAUAUGAAGGAUUAUGGUGUUUGGGAACCUACUGCUGUUAAGGUUCAAACUAUUAAGACAGCUAUUGAGUCUGCAUGCUUGUUAUUACGUGUUGAUGAUAUUGUAUCUGGUCUUUCAAAGAAUAAGGCACCAGCUCCUCAACAAGGUGGAGCACCAGAGAUGAUGGAACAGCAGUAAUAUAAAAAGACGUAUAACAAUAAUAUACAACAUAUACACAAUUUUUUUUUUAAAUAUUAUCUUUUUGUUUUACUAAUACAAUAAAAGAAUUUGAAAUACAUUUUAUAAUUGUCACUUUUUCAAUAAA